GGCAGCAGCACCAAUGGCAGCAGCAGUAGCUACUACUAUGGCACGAACACCAACGACUCGUACUCGUAUGCCAACAGCGUCAAUGGCGACUACUCAGACGUGAGUGCCAGCGGCGUCGACUUCAACGAGUACAUCCAGGACCGCUUCACGGAGUCCUUUGACCCUACGCCGUUGGAUCGGUCCCUGGUGAAGCAGGCCCAAGCUUCCGGAGCUUUGAAUGCCAAGCACCGCGAGCUGCUCGAACUUCAAGCCAAGGCACAGGCGCGGCUGGCAAAAUCACGGGCGCGCUUCCAGCAAGGUCUUCAGGACGCAGAGGAGGUCCGCGCCGAUCUCGAGUGGACGAGCAAGAAAGUCACAUCUCUCAAGAAGAAAGCCGAGAAGAAGCACUCCAAGGAGUACCGGAAAGCUCGCGAGCGGUAUCCUUCUCCCGAAUACUAAGCGAGCGACUCUCCACAACCCUGCGCUUGGCAUGCCCACGGCACAGCCAAACGCAGAGGCGGCUACUGAAGCCAUGAUUCGAAAAGCAACAUCUUUUUUCAUUUCAGCAUGCGUCACAAUAUUUCGACCCAGGGAAGCCGCUGGGCCAUCUUCGCUCAAUGUCGUUUAUUUAAGCUUUUCAAGCCUAAGGGGGCAGUGUGGGGUGGAGAGGCUGACCCCUGAGACAUGCUUGUGCUCGAGGAAGAGGGUUGCGGAUGCAGGCGCAUGUAAGCCCCGACAAGCAGGAACGAGAUCUGCUGCAGAAGCAAGAUCGAGUUCUGGGAGCCGCAAGGCACACUCCCCUCCAUCACGAAAAAUCUCCAUCCCUGGAAUCUUGGUUUUCUCGCCAUACUGCAGAUACAUCCCUGGGCGACUGCGGAGGAUUUUGAUCAUGGUUGGGCUGCGAUGCUGCGAGGUAGCCGCCCGAUGCACGUCAACUCGCUAGCGGUGGGUGCGGCGGGACGUGCCGGGGAGGGGCGAUGGUUCCUGCAUUGGUGGCCAGCGGAUUCUACCCCGUCGAGGGGAGCUAGGACGGACCGGGCGGUUGAGGGUGGAAAGGAGUUGACAGGGAUAU